AUCCAUUCCUGUUGGAGAACAGCAGAGAGCGACACUGCAAGCAUCGCCAAGUGACGGGAUAUACAAACGCUUGGACGCGAGCGGCACCAAAGCUGGAAAAAGGAAUAUAGAGUGAAGAAGAUCUGCAAAGGAGGAAGAAUGGAUUGAGAAAACAAAACCAAAACCAAAAGCAUCGUGUUGCUUUCGGGGCUCUCCUCCGUCUCACCACUUCUGUUUUGGAGCAUCCCACAGUGAAAACACAUAUAUGUGAUAUAUAUAUACAACUCCUAUACAUAUAUAUCAAAUUAUGCCUGUUUUCAAAGAAGCUGCGGCCAAUUGAGAGUUUAUUUUUUUGGAAUAUUCUGCAUAUUGCAUCAUUUCUUUUGUCAAUUUUGCUCAGGUAGAAGAAAAAAAAGAAAAAAAGAAAAAAAAAAAGCAUGAUGUGAAACGGACGCAGCCCCCCCCCCCCCAAAAAAAGAGGCUUCUUUGAAAACAGGACAUGUUGUGAUGGCAGCAGUGCCGCAUCUCCCAUUGGCCUCGUCAACAACAAAGCCGGGGGUCUUUGAUUCGGACACAAACUUCAGCCAAAGUGCAAGAGAGACCCACUCUCUCUUGACCUCACGCUGACAUUUUGCGUCGCUUCCACAAAAAGAGCGACACUUGGCGAGGUACGUUUUUGUUUUUUGUUUUGAUUUGGUCAAAUAAAACGGAAAGAAAAUGAAUAGUUCACAGGUCGGUAAUUCCAUCCAGCAUCACAUCAUCUCCUCCUCUCUCCUCCCCAAGUAGGCUAAAUAGCCGGGCUCGGUUACAGAAAAGAGGGGUUCUGUGGCGGGAGAAGAGGUCAAAGCUGCAAAAAGGCCUGAAAGAAAAAGGAAAAUAGAUGCUUCCGGAGAGUCGUCGUCGUGGUAGGAUUACAGCUGGAUAAAUGCCUGUUGUUUCCUUUUGAAGAAAAAGCCGUGUUCACCUGUGGGUCUGCAAAGGAAAAAUACUGUGAGGAGAUGCCCACCACCAAGAUAAAAGAGGGUGCCCUCGUGCAGUGAUAUAGUCUCCCUUUUGUCGUGGUGUAGCAGCAUGUCUCAGGACUGAGGAAGCCCUCCCAAGAUGGGCGCUCGGCACUCUGUGAAUUGCAGAAGAGUCCCCCUGCUUCUUUGGCGUAUAGUGUGACUUCCACGGCCAGGCUGGACUCUCCUUUAUUCACCCCCCGAACUGGAGACGCACACCCCCGAGGAUUCGGAUUUGUUUACAACUGCUGGAUUCCCCCCCCCCCCCGAGGCUUUGUGAAAGGAGCAUUAAUGUUGGGUUUGUCUAUAACGAUUACACAUCGCUGAGGCAUCCCAAGACCAAGCAUCCAAGAUGUCUUCCUACAUGUCGGUCAGCUUCUCAGUGGCCAUUUUUCUGGCUUUGACCUCGCUGGGUGGACUAAACCAUCAAGUUUUGGCCCAAGCUCCUCCAAAUAACCAGACGACUGAGCGAUCGGUGUUACCAGAGGCUGCACUGCCGACACCAACUCCAAACAAAGAGGACCAGACAGUCCCAGGCGGGGCCAACCGGUGCUGGGGUUACUACGACGUCAUGGGCCAGUGGGACCCGCCCUUCAACUGCAACGCUGGGAUCUAUAGCUUUUGCUGCGGUUCUUGCUUCUACCGCUUCUGCUGCCAAUUCAAAAUCCACAGUUUGGAUCAGACUUCCUGUUCCAACUAUGACACGCCUGUCUGGGCAAACACAGGGCGACCGGAGGACCCUGUCACUGAGGUUCAACAGGAGCCGGACCGCGACCAAACCCAUAUGAUCGUGUAUAUUAUCUGUGGCGUGGUGGCCAUCAUGGUGCUCAUCGGGAUUUUCACCAAGCUGGGGUUGGAGAAGAGUCAGGGAGGACAGACGGACAUGACCAAUUCCAGGACUUUGACAGAGCUGCUGAAGCAGCCAGGCGAGGCGGGGAUUAUGGACGGAACCGGAAUCCACCACCCUGUAGGGACCAACGGUAUCUCGGCCAGGACGUUACGCUCCAACAACGAUCACAACCAUUUGAAUAAUGCAGCCUUGUCUCCCCUGGGACCUGCCAUGGCCUUGUCUCACCCUCACAACAACCUCGGCAUCGGCUUCAACAAGUAUUCCUCACUCAAGGGAGUGGACACAACCCCCAGAGAUUACUACAAGAGCUACCCCAUGGUGGACUACACCCACCGCCAGUCUCCUCCUACUUUCCAGCCAAUCAACUUCCACCCGAAGGAAAAGUCCUUCCUCCCACCGCCCGACAUCCACGCACCGCUGGCCAUCACCAUCAACGCUUCCCAGAUCCCCAAGCCCAAGAUCUCUAAAACCAACACCCACCCGCUGACGUCAGGCUCGGCCUUCAAAGCCUGGGACCCCAGUAAGAGCCACGCCCAGCGCCCUGCUGCGUCCCACAUGGGCCAGCAGCACCACCCCAUCCAGCAGGUGCACCACCAGCCGCUGCACCAGCCCAACAGCCGGCGCCAGGCCUACUCCAACAAGAGGCAGUUCAGCAUCGAGACGCUGCCCGAGCUCUUCUCCCAACCGCUGGCCUACGGCCACUCGCCGCAUGUGCACCCCAAGCACAAGGGACUUCCCACCAACAGCAAGACCGAGGUCACGGUUUGAACAUGAAGCGCCCAGAGAGAAAAGAAAUGCUCUUUUAUAUCCGCCGGGUUAACUGCAGGAGAGGCGAGCAAAUAUCGUUUUUUUGAACGGCCUUUUCCUUAUCAUUGUUGAUAACAACAACAUGGCUACUUUGUACAGCCAUUGGAACAAAACAGCCAGAGCAGACAAGCUGAGUUGUGGGCUGAAUCUUUAGUUCUCAGUGUGUUGGCACAGUUCUCAACUCCGCUCCCACCCCAAGCCAUUCAGCAUGGCUCUAUAUCAAGAAACCCCACCAGAGAUCACUUUCCAGAGAGGCUGCUAGGGCAGGGAGAACCGUGGCUUCUAACCACCAGAGACCAUGAAGUGGUCUUAUUGGUUCCCUCUGGGGGGGUUAGAGAAAAGCCUGGAAAGUCACACCAGAGAGCAGGAUGGGGGUUCUUUGCAUGAAAUAGGAGGAAUGCGAACUGUACACACUCAGUGAGAGAGAGAACACACACUUGCCACAGAGGAUUUCUGGCAGUCUCACAAACAAACAUGGAAUAUUGUUCUCUCAUCACACUGCCUCAAUAAAUAAGGGAAGAUCUCUCGUAGCAAACCUCAAUUCCAGUCAGCCCUCCCUUGUGUUCCGAAGGCUGAACACAUUUGCGACGUACAGAAACCGAGUAGAAGUAUUCCAGUACGAAGGCAAAGAGUUGAAAAGGGUUGUAGUGUAUUCACGGCAUCGCAAAGGGGAAACUUGGUUACUGUAUUUUGCGGGUUAAAGAGCGCACGAGUCAUCAAGCCGCACCCAGCAGAUGUUAGAAAAACAUUAUUUUACAUAUAUUCAUACUUGCCAACCCUCCCGGAUUUUCCGGGAGACUCCCGAAAUUCAGCGCCUCUCCCGAAAACCUCCCGGGACAAAUUUUCUACCCGAAAAUCUCCCGAAAUUCAGGCGGAGCUGGAAGCCACGCCCCCUCCAGCUCCAUGCGGACCUGAGUGACGUCGUGUGCGCAACACCACGUAAAUUGUUGGCCAACCAAAAAGUAACGCCAGUACGCUAUAGCCAACAUUCACCAGGAGAUGGCAACAGACAAACAUAGAUCACUCUAUUACAUUCCUCCCCUUUUAGAAAUGUACAGAAGUUA